GCGGGCGAUGGCCGUGGCCGGCGCGCGCGCGCCCCUCGGAUGGGGAACUCGGCGCGGACCCUUCUCUGGGGCGCCCGAUUGGGGGGUGAUUAGGAGGUGCGGGCACCUCCCCAAAGCUGCCCGCCUACCCGAUGCGUCGCUACGACCCGCCGCCACGCCCGGGCCUCGCGGUUCCAGGGCGGGGCCUCGGGGAGGGCGGCCCCGCCGGCAGCGUCCGGGCGCGCGGGGCGGAGAGAGCGCGCGGCCCCGCCCCGGCCGCUUCCGCCCGGUCCCCCCGGAUCGUCGCGCACUCAGCUCCCGAGCCGGUGCCGGCGGCGGACUGGGGCCGCCAGGAAUGAACCAGGAGCCGGGCGCGCGCGGCCGGGACCCCGCCUCGCCCCCGUCCCCCCGGGUCGCGCCUCUCUCCGGGCCUGCGCCGCGCCCCCCACCGCCGCCCGGCCGGCCGCGCGCGCCCCCCGAGGCCGCCGGCGACUCCCACCAGCUGCUCCUGUUUCUGCUUUGGCUGCACUGAACGCCACCCCGCGCCUCGCCAUUGUCCCCGCCGCCGCCGCCCCGCCAGCUGCCCCGGGCCGCGCGCCGGGAGGCGGGGGGCGCGCAUGGGGGGGCGCCGCUGAUGCCGCCGCCGCGACGCCCUCCGAGGCUGCGUCCCGGGAAGCGCGGUCCCCCUCGCCCCCCGGCCCGGCCCGGCCCCCCGGAUCGGAACGCGCCCCCAUGGAGGCGCCCGGGGUGGCCAAGGCGGACCCGGACCCUCCUUUGGAGAGCCAGGAGGAGACCUCCGACGGCGCGCCCGCGCCCGCACCGGGAUCCGACGAACCGUCUCCAGACUCGCCCGGGUACCGGCUACAGGACUUCGACACGCUGGCCACCGUGGGCACCGGGACCUUCGGGCGGGUGCAGCUCGUCCGGCAGAAGACGGGCAAGCAGUUCUUCGCGCUCAAGGUCAUGAGCAUCCCCGACGUCAUCCGGCUCAAGCAGGAGCAGCACGUGCACAACGAGAAGUCGGUCCUCAAGGAAGUCAGCCACCCCUUCCUGGUCAAGCUGUUCUGGACCUGCCACGACGACCGCUUCCUCUACAUGCUCAUGGAGUUCGUGCCGGGCGGCGAGCUGUUCAGCUACCUGCGCGCCCGGGGCCGCUUCUCCAACGCGGCCGGCCUGUUCUACGCGGCCGAGAUCGUGUGCGCCCUCGACUACCUGCACUCGAAGGAGAUCGUCUACCGGGACCUCAAGCCCGAGAACAUCCUGCUGGACCGCGACGGGCACGUCAAGCUCACCGACUUCGGCUUCGCCAAGAAGCUGGUGGACAGGACCUGGACCCUCUGUGGGACCCCCGAGUACCUGGCCCCCGAAGUCAUUCAGAGCAAGGGCCACGGCCGCGCGGUCGACUGGUGGGCGCUGGGCAUCCUCGUCUUUGAGAUGCUUUCGGGCUUCCCUCCAUUCUUCGACGACAACCCGUUUGGCAUCUAUCAGAAGAUUCUCGCCGGCAAAAUCGACUUCCCGAGAUACUUGGAUUUCAACGUCAAAGACCUCAUCAAGAAGCUGCUGGUGGUGGACAGGACGCGGCGCCUGGGCAACAUGAAGAACGGGGCCGAGGACGUGAAGAGGCAUCGCUGGUUCCGCCUGGUGGACUGGGACGCCGUCCCCCAGCGGAAACUCAAGCCCCCCAUCCUGCCCAAGGUGCGCGGCGAGGGCGACACCUCGAACUUCGAGGCGUACCCUGAGAACGACUGGAACACGGCGCCCCCGGCGUCCCCCAAAGAUCUGGAGGCCUUCAAGAACUUCUGAGGGCGGCCGCCACCCCAGCAGACACGGGAGGAGUGGAGCCUGCAGGCAGCCUCGAAGGGUCGGUCGCCUCCCGGGUGUGCCGGACACUGCACCCCGGGGCCCCUCGCCCGCCUGUACAUAAAGGGAUCGGCCGGCACUGGACGCGCGUGGACGUUGCGUUAUUGAAGCAACUGGAAGCCUGCGCACAGUAGGGCCCCAAGCGGUCGUAGCGUUGGCCGCGUCCUCUCGCGUGCGCUCCUACUGUGUGCACCUCUCGCCCUCUCCCCACAGACUCCGCUGGACAAGCUCGGACUGGACGUGUUUGGCUAUGACCCCAGAUGGCGUGUGUACACGUGCACGCGCGCGCAUGUGUGUGUGUGUGUGUGUGUGUGUGUGUGUAGGCGGGAAAGACUAUAGGACGGACGCCGUACGGCCAUGUCCGUGCCUACAGGCCCCAGAGCCAGUGAUGUUUAGCUUUCAAAUUUCUCCCUGGCCGGAGCGUCGGCCUGCGGACCGAAGGGUCCCGGGUUCGAUUCCCGGUCAAGGGCACGGGGCUCGUGCGGGAGGCAACCCGUCGAGGUGUCUCUCUCGCAUCGACGUUUCUCUCUGUCUCUCCCUCUCUCUUCCGCUCUCUCUAAAAAUCAAUGGGAAAAUACCCUCUGGUGAGGAUUAGCAAAACUGAAUAAAAAAAAAACCUAUUCCUCAGGAAUCUGUGGUCUUCGGAACAAAGCCCUAAAAGGAUGAUGGGUGCGUUUUUAUUUAAUUUUUUUUUUUUUAAUCACCUGCUAUGCAUUUUUUAGCUCUCGGUGCAGCCAAUGUGUGUGGCCUUCCAUCGCUAACGUCUUUUCAUGCCUCACAUCUAGCUGGUAACGUUAGGUCUUGAAACCAGAAGGAAACGGUUGAACUUUAUUUAUUUUAAUUAUUAUUUUUUUAAAUAUAUUUUUAUUGAUUUCAGAGAGGAAGGAAGAGAGAGAGAGAGAGAGAGAGAGACAUCCAUGACGAGAGAGAAUCAUGGGCCGGCUGCCUCCUGCACGCCCCCUACUGGGGAUGGAGCCCGCCACCCGGGCACGUGCCCUCGACCGGGAAUCGAACCCUGACCUCCUGUUUUGUAGGUCAACGCACAACCAGUGAGCCGUGCAGUGGGCAUGUCUCGAUCUCUGUUGUCGACUGGGCAGAAUUCGCAAAAAAGCUUGGCAGCAGAAAGAUACGAUGUGUCCACCCCCCGCCUUCCGCUCCCAGAGAUCAUCGGCCCCGCCCACGGCCAACUUUCUCUAAGUGUCUAGAACGUUUCGUUUCGUGGCGCACAUCUAAACGUCAAGACCCGCCUGCAGCCCGUAGCGGGUUCCCCAGUCGAGCCGAACGUGGGACGACGUUUAUAGCGAAAAGGUGGCUGGUGCUGCUCAUUCAAAACCCUGUGUCUGCCCUGGCCGGUGUGGCUCAGUGGAUAGAGCGUCGGCCUGCGGACUCAAGGGUCCCGGGUUCGAUUCAUGUACCUCGGUGGCAGGCUCUUCCCCGGCCCGGAACCUGGUCGGGGCACACAUGCAGGAGGCAACUCGUCGAUGUGUGUCUCUCACAUCGACGUUUCUCUCUUUCUUUUUCUCUCUCUUCCGCUCUCUCUAAAAAUUGAUGGAAAAAUAUACUUAAGAGUGGAUUUUUUAAAAAAAAAGGAAAAAAUGGAAAAAUAGUCCAGCUUCUGACGAAUUCGUGCAUCCUGAGGGGCGUGACGUCCACUUGCAAAAACACAGAGAAAUAGCACAAGAAUGGGCGUGUGGGUAAUGUAUUUGGACGGUCUGUUUGGCAUGUGUGAGUGUGUGAGUGUGUGUGAGCCUGGUGUCUGCAGGGCCAAAGCUUCCCCUGUGUGUGUGUGUGUGUGUGUGUGUGUGUGUGUGUGAGUGUGUGUUUGAGCCUGGUGUCUGCAGGGCCACAGCUUCCCCUACGUGUGUGUGUGUGUGUCUGUGUGUGUGUGUGUGUGUGUGUGAGCCUGGUGUCUGCAGGGCCACAGCUUCCCCUACGUGUGUGUGUGUGUGUCUGUGUGUGUGUGUGUGUGUGUGUGAGCCUGGUGUCUGCAGGGCCACAGCUUCCCCUACGUGUGUGUGUGUGUGUGUGUGUGUGUGUGUGUGUGUGUGUGAGCCUGGUGUCUGCAGGGCCACAGCUUCCCCUACGUGUGUGUGUGUGUGUGUGUGUGUGUGUGUGUGUGUGUGUGAGCCUGGUGUCUGCAGGGCCACAGCUUCCCCUACGUGUGUGUGUGUGUGUGUGUGUGUGUGUGUGUGUGUGUGUGUGUGUGUGAGCCUGGUGUCUGCAGGGCCACAGCUUCCCCUACGUGUGUGUUUGUGCGUGUGCGUGUGCGUGUGUGUGCGCGUGUGUCGGUGGAAGUGGAGCGCACGCCCAGGGAACGUUUUCACGUCGCGUUUGCUGUGCGGACCCCGUGGUCUCGCGUCUGAGGGCGCAGGGCCCAGGCCCGCCCUCCCUCCCUGGGCAAACGCUGUCUCCAUGCGGGUUUUCUGUACACGAUUGUGUCCGAGGCCCUUCCGUCGGCUCGUUCGUGGCGCCCGUUUCCCUGUGAACUGAACUGCCGUGGCCCGUGUGUGUGUGUCUCCGUGGACGGGACGGAAGCCAUCCUGCCUCUUCGUGGUUCCUCUGGCGCCCGCACUGUGUGCCCUGUCCCCGCCGGCCCCGCGGACACCCCGCUCAGUGCCUUUGCACACGGUUGUGCCGGACGCUCCUAUUAUUUUUGGUGGGAAAAAAAAAAACACACAAAAAAAACAAAAGACUCAAAUCCCCCCACCACCAAACAAAAAAAAGAACCAACCAGCCCUGUUUCAAAUCCCGUCGGUUCCUCGCACAAUGGAAAUCACUGUGACCUGUACAUACGCGCGAGGGAGGUUUGCCUGCUGUCUGUUGUAACUUAUGGCCUCAACGCGGUGGAUCCCAGGUUUGCGUAAUAAAACUUUAUACCUUUGACGAAGGGCUCUCCGUCUCGUCGGUUGUGUGCGUGGCGGGAGACGCUGGGGCCGGCCCGCGUGGAUCUGUCCCAGGAGCCUGCGGUCUUUUUUCGUUUGUUUGUUUUAAGACUUUUUAUUGGUUUCUAUUUUUUU